GCCAUGAACAGCGUCGGGGAGGCUUGCACUGACAUGAAGCGGGAGUACGACCAGUGUUUCAAUCGCUGGUUUGCCGAGAAGUUCCUGAAAGGGGACGGCUCUGGGGACCCGUGCACCGACCUCUUCAAGCACUACCAGCAGUGUGUUCAGAAAGCAAUAAAGGAGAAAGAGAUUCCUAUUGAAGGACUGGAGUUCAUGGGCCAUGGCAAAGAUAAGCCUGAAAACUCUUCUUGACCCUGAAGAUGGAUUCCUCACAUUAGGAACAGAAAGGAGUCUGGAUUUUGUCAACAAAGGCUAUGAAGAUAGACGUGGAAUUUGAUGAGUUUGGGAUUUUUGUCUCUGCCUUCUGGAUUUUCCUGCUUCUAGAAGAUGAUGAACUGUCAUUCUUGCUUUGAGAUGAUUUCUCACUUGGAGAAAUGUGCUAAAACUGAACCAUUUCUUGGGAUUAUGGUUGCAAUACAUGGUCUGUAAUCAGCUUUAAACACGCCUUGUAUGUAAGUAAUGAUGAACUGGCCAAGGUGAUCUUGAUUUUUGCUGCAAAGGACCUU